GACGUCCUUCCGCCUCUGUCCCGCAGCACCGGCUGGUUGGGCUGCGGAGGGAGCCCGGUGCGUGUAUCGAGCUGGCCGGGCUCAGCUCUUGGAGGGCAGCGGGGGAGCCUUGGCCGCGCGGGGGGCUGCGGAGCGAGGAGCUGCCUGGCCUCACCGCUCACGUAUCAGGCUGUGGAAAUUAGAGCCGCUUGGCGCUGACUCAGGACAACGGGAGGAUCUGACCUGCUCACAGGCCAGCGCCCCACAGCUUUCGUUUCCCCGUCCCUCUCCCACACAGCCAGGAAGAGCAGGAUGAGGAUGGAGCCGCACGGCUGGCUCUGUCUGCUCUGCCUGGUGCUCCCCUGGCUGCAGUGCCAGGGCACGAAACGCACCCAACCCGAGCAAGUGCAUCUCUCCUACCCAGGCGACCCCACCGCCAUGACCGUCACCUGGACGACCUUCGAUCCAGCCGGCUCCAUCGUGGAGUUUGGCCCCGAGCCGAGCAGGGCCUUUACCUCCUCCGCCAAGGGCCAUGCCAGCCGGUUCGUGGACGGCGGGUGGUUGCGCCGCAGCAUGUUCAUCCACCGGGUCACCCUGCAGGACCUGGCCCCUGGGCAGCGCUACGCUUAUCGCUGCGGGAGCCCGCUGGGCUGGAGCCGGCCCUACAGCUUCCGGGCUCUGCAGAAUGGCACCGACUGGAGCCCGCGCCUCGCUGUCUUCGGCGACAUGGGGAACAUCAACCCCCAGUCCCUGCCCAGGCUCUGGCACGACACGCAGCAGCGCAUGUACGACGUGAUCCUGCACGUAGGGGAUUUUGCCUAUGACAUGGACCAGUGUAACGCCAUGGUUGGAGACGCCUUCAUGCGCAAGAUCGAGCCCGUCGCUGCGUCGGUGCCGUAUAUGACGUGCCCAGGGAACCACGAGGAGAAAUACAACUUCUCCAACUACCGUGCCCGAUUCAGCAUGCCUGGUAACACGGAGGGCCUGUGGUACAGCUGGGACAUCGGCCCUGCCCACAUCAUCUCCUUCUCCACCGAGGUGUAUUUCUACCUGAUCUAUGGCUGCCACCUCGUCCAGGAGCAGUACCAAUGGCUAGAGAGAGACCUACAGGAGGCCACACGGCCGGAUCGGCGCCGGCGGCACCCGUGGAUCAUCACCAUGGGGCACCGGCCCAUGUACUGCUCCAACAAUGACCUCGACGACUGCACGAGGCAUGAGAGCAUCAUUCGCCGAGGGCUCCCCCAACAUAAGUAUGGCCUGGAGGACCUGUUCUAUAAAUACGGUGUCGACCUAGAGCUGUGGGCCCACGAACACUCCUACGAGAGGCUGUGGCCUGUCUACAACUACCAGGUCUACAACGGCAGCGCCAAAUCGCCCUACACCAACCCCCGGGCGCCCGUCCAUGUCAUCACCGGAUCGGCCGGCUGUAAGGAGAGGCUGGACCCGUUUGUCCCCAACCCACGGGAGUGGAGCGCCCUGCGCAUCGAGGACUACGGCUACACGCGCCUACAAAUCGUCAACCGCAGCCACAUCUGGCUGGAGCAAGUGUCCGAUGACCAGGACGGGAAAGUCGUGGAUGGGAUCUGGCUCAUCAAGGAGUUGCACGGCCCCAAAGCUUGGCAUUAGCCUGGCAGCAGGCACCCAGCCCUGAGUUGAGCAGAGGGACUGCGUCCCCAGGACACCCUGAAAUCCUCGUUAUCUGGCUGGAGGCAGAGCUCCCUGCGGGUCUACAAACGAAUCUGAUCAAAUCCAAAGGCUGUUCUUGCAGUCCCUGAUGUAUGGCACUGGAAGGACACGCCUGCCCCUGCAGCUGGGGAAAACCUGCUGCUGGGUCUUUAUGAUGGUGAAAAAGCACUUUGCUGCAACUGGGUGUAUUAGGUCUCAGAGCACUUUAUACGAGUGGGGUUGUGUCUGUGUAUUCCCAGUUUUUGGCAGGGGAAACUGAGGCACAGAGAAAGGAAGAACCGUGACCAAAAUCAUAGAUGUAGGGGUCUUGCUUUCCAGUCUUCCCUGCCCUAAUCACUAGACACCAUUACCCUCUCAGAGUCAGGAAUAGAACCCAGGAGUCUUGAUGCCCAGUCCCGUGCUCUAACCAUUACACCCCACUCUCUGCCAAGAGGCAGGAACAGACACCAGGAGUCCUGACUCCCAGUCCUUUGUUCAGUCCACUGGCUCAUUCUGCCUCUUACAAAAAACCCCCAUAGAGUUAAAAUGUUCUCCAGAUUUUGCCUGAGGCAUCUCGGCCUCUUGAAUCUUUCUAGCCCUCAGACUGUGUUGGGGGGAAGGGGUGCCGGGAUCUGAUGCUUUUCUCUCCUUAUUUGUUCCUUCCUCCAUGAGCUGACGCUCGGUACCAGGCCUUUUCCCCUGCUGCUGGUUCCUGUAAUGCAAUAAGCCCACUAGGAGCUGCAAGGCGGCAAGCGAUGGGCUAGAUUUGCCUUUCGCCAUCAAGUGUGGCCCAUGGUACAUCUCUGAGGUUCCUUCUAUGAUCCUUAAGGCUUCAAGCCACACGCUGGGUCUUUUGUACUGAUGCUCUGGAAAUUAACGCAACAAAAUCAAGCUCAAAAAGUGUGCGAUGCCCGUCUC